UAACUUUUUAAAUCUCCUCAUAUAUAAACACUUGGAAGGCAGCUUACAACUUAUAACCAACUCAACAAAGCAUUUCUUUGUUCUUCUUUCUUCUUUCUCUUCUCUUUCAGCUUGCAAUAAUAUGGACUGGACCAGAGGCCACACUAUAGGCCGUGGCUCCACCGCCACCGUCUCCCUCGCGGUGUCUCUCCACUCCGGUGAUGUUUUGGCUGUCAAAUCUGCUGAACUUGACCAAUCAAAGUUCUUGCAGAGAGAGCAAAAGAUUCUUUCUUCUUUAGCUUCUCCUCAUGUAGUUAGCUACAAAGGAUAUGACAUUACUAGGGAGAACAACAAGGUUAUGUACAAUCUUUUCUUGGAGUACAUUUCCGGCGGUACACUUACCGAUGAAGUUCAGGCUCACGGUGGCAAAGUAGAAGAAUCGGUGAUCAGAAACUACACUUAUGGAAUUGUUCAAGGUCUAGAUUAUCUACAUUCAAAUGGCUGGGUUCAUUGUGACAUCAAAGGCAGGAACAUCUUGAUAGGGAAAAGUGGAGUCAAAAUUGCGGAUUUUGGUUGCGCCAAAAGGGUUGACGCGGUGGAAGCUGCGGCGCCAAUUGGCGGCACACCCAUGUUUAUGGCACCGGAGGUGGCGCGUGGAGAGGAACAGGGGUUUGCUAGUGAUAUAUGGGGUUUAGGGUGUACAAUUAUUGAAAUGGCUAGUGGUGGUUCACCGUGGCGUAAUGCGAGUGACCCAGUUUCUGUUAUGUACCGGAUUGGAUUUUCCGAUCACUUGCCAGAGUUCCCCAGUAGUCUAUCGGCGCAAGCAAGAGAUUUCUUGGAUAAGUGUUUAAGAAGGGAUCCAAAACAGAGGUGGACAACAAAUCAGCUUCUGAGGCAUCCAUUUCUGGGAAAAUCCAAUUCUCAUGCAAAACAAAUUGAAGAAUCUAAAUCAAGUUCAAAUUCUCCAACAAGCAUUCUUGACAAAGGCUUUUGGAACUCACUGGAUGAAUCAGAAGCAGAAGCAGAGAAUCUGGUCCAAAGAAGUGAUGAAAGUUCAGGCAAGGAGAGGAUCAGACGGCUGUCCUUGAUUUCAGGUGGGCCCAGUUGGGACUGGGAUGAGACGUGGAUCCCCGUUAGAGGCAACUCAACUGAAGCUAAAGAUGAUGUGAUUAGCUACAGUUCAGAGUACCAAGAAAGCUUCGGCGGCAGCGAGCAAUCAUUGGAGGACUUGUUAGAUAGAAAUAUUAAUGAUAGGAUUAGUGAGGAAUUUUGUAAAUAUGGGAAAGAUAGUUUUUUAAUUAGCAGUAAUUUAGAGUUUAAUAGGCACGUAGACAUAUUGUUAAAUCCUUACAUUCCAAACUUAUUUUUACAAGCAUAACAUUCA